AACUUGUUCGGGGCGCGGAUCCGGACAGGGAAAGUCGUAACAACCGCACGAGGGAGUUCGGCUGGCGAGCUGGAAGGCCACGCCUCCUCCCGCCUACCCCCACAGCCCUGUAGCUGGGGGCAGAGCUCAGAUUUAUUAUCUAGGAUAGAUUUGGAUGAGCUAAUGAAAAAAGAUGAACCACCUCUUGAUUUUCCUGAUACACUGGAAGGAUUUGAAUAUGCUUUUAAUGAAAAGGGGCAGUUAAGGCACAUAAAAACCGGGGAGCCAUUUGUUUUUAACUACCGGGAAGACUUGCACAGAUGGAACCAGAAAAGAUAUGAAGCGCUUGGAGAGAUCAUCACGAAGUAUGUAUACGAGCUCCUGGAAAAGGACUGUAAUUUGAAAAAAAUAUCUAUUCCAGAAGGAUAUGGAGUAAUAGUACUGAAUCCCAAUGAAAACUAUAUCGAAGUAGAAAAGCCAAAGAUACAUGUACAGUCAUCUUCUGAUAAUUCAGAUGAACCAGCAGAAAAACGGGAAAGAAAAGAUAAAGUCUCUAAAGAAACAAAGAAGCGACGUGAUUUCUACGAGAAGUAUCGUAACCCCCAAAGGGAAAAAGAAAUGAUGCAGUUGUAUAUCAGAGAAAAUGGUUCUCCUGAAGAACAUGCAGUCUAUGUGUGGGACCAUUUCAUAGCCCAGUCUGCAGCUGAGAAUGUAUUUUUUGUUGCUCAUAGCUAUGGAGGACUUGCUUUUGUUGAACUGAUGAUUCAACGAGAAGCAGAUGUGAAAAGUAAGGUGACUGCUGUGGCGUUGACAGACUCUGUUCACAAUGUGUGGCAUCAAGAAGCUGGCAAAACGAUUCGAGAAUGGAUGAGAGAGAACUGUUGUAAUUGGGUCUCUAGCUCAGAACCGUUAGACACAUCAGUGGAGUCCAUGCUGCCUGACUGUCCCCGAGUCUCAGCAGGCACCGACCGUCACGAGCUAACUUCCUGGAAGAGCUUCCCGUCUAUUUUCAAGUUCUUUACCGAAGCCUCUGAGGCAAAGACCAGUUCCCUGAAGCCGACUCUGACGCGGCGCUCCCACCGAAUAAAGCACGAAGAGCUGUAAGAGGAGAGCGAGCGAGACGGGGGAGGGGAAGCCGAGGAAGCACACUCGAGCAUAUGCAUCCACACGUCUCCCCACCGCCUGUUGUCGGCGAGCAGACUCCCAGCCCCUCAUUAGAUUGUUUUCUUCCUAGAGCACAGGGUCGUGAUAUAUACAUCUAAAUAGCGUUUUGCAUUAUUUCUAGAUGAGUGCAACUGUCAAAGCAAUAUGGGUUCACUGGUCGUGCUUCCUGCGGGCUGUGCUUGGGCUUCGCGCUGCCCGUCAGCGCGCAGAUUAAGGCCGACAGCGCCCUGCCCGGCGCGGCCGGCGCGCCUCUAAUU